AUGUCAACAUUUUUUACGAAAUUAAGUCAAAACUAUAUUGAAUUAUUGGAAAACAAUGAAUAUUAUGAUAUCACAAUUGAAGUUGGAGAAGACCCUAAUGUAAAAUUUUUUCGUGCGCAUAUGAAUAUUUUGUGUUCCCGUUCUCCAUAUUUACGAAGAGCUUUGGUUUCAAAUAAAAAGAAUAAUGAUAAUGGUAUAUCUCAUUUUAAAUUAUCAGAUAUAUCACCGGAUACCUUUAUGAUUAUUUUAAGGUAUAUUUAUGGCGGUGUUCUUUCAUUAAAUGGACAAGACACUUUAGAUGUUUUCAAGGUCCUACUAGCUGCAAAUGAACUUCUUCUUCAAGAAUUAGUUGAUUAUUUACAAAAUUAUUUAAUUAAUAAUGAAUCUCAAUGGAUGGAACAACAUUUUGAACUUAUUCAUCGAACAAGCUUUCAAUUUACUUCUUUAACAGAAAUUCAACAAUUCUGUACGAACUUGAUGGCAAAGUCUCCACAUAAAAUAUUUAAAUCACUUGAUUUCACUUCAAUUCCUGAAACAUCUUUAGUUCAAGUUAUUAAAAGAGAUGAUUUACAAAUGAAAGAAAUUGAUGUUUGGGAACAUGUAUUAAAAUGGGGUAUCGCACAAAAUCCUACGCUUCUUGAAGAUCCUAAUACUUGGUCUGAUAAUGACUUCAAGACAAUAGAAAAUACUUUACAACAUUGUUUAUCAUUUAUUAGAUUUUUUUGUUUAUCAUCUAAAGAGUUCUUACAGAAAGUUCAUCCUUAUAAAAAACUCUUAAGAUCUCAAUUUUAUGAAGAAUUAUUAAAUUCUCACUUAAAUCCUGAUAGCGAACCAAAUGACAACAUAUCACUUCCUAGAAAUAUUUAUAGUGAUGAAAAUCAUGGAAUUAUUGAUUCAACAAUUGUUAAUUUAAAUAUUGUUUCAAUUAUUUCAAGAUGGAUCGAUAAAGUGGAUGUUAAUCAUAAAGUUUCUCAUUUAAGAGAAUUUUAUUUACCAUAUAAAUUUAAAUUGUUAUUAAGAGGAAGCCGAGACGGAUUUACUCCUAAAAAAUUUCAUACUUUGUGUGAUAAUAAAUCAAAUACUGUCACCUUUAUUAAAGUAAAAGAGACGCAAAAGAUUAUUGGUGGAUAUAAUCCUUUAAAAUGGGAAUCUUCCGAAACUUGGGGUGAAACUAAAGAUAGUUUUAUAUUUACUUUUAACAACAAGAAUAACCUCUUUAAAGAUGCGAUUAUUAGUUAUGUAAAAAAUAUAUGUUUUGCAGCACUUAAUAGCAAAGUCCGUGGGCCAUAUUUUGGCUAUGAUCUUAUUAUACGGGCUCCCAAUGAGUCCUCAGACUAUGAUGAAUUUCGCUGUAGAAAUAUUCAUUAUGAAAGAAGAUUAAGAGAUACCGAAGAUACAUUCUUAGCAGAAGAUUAUGAAGUAUAUCAAAUUGUUAGGAAAUAA